AUGAGCCAUAAUCAUGGAGGAGGAAGUAGUAUGGGAGGAGGCAUGACCAUGGGAACGGCGCUAUUCCAGGAGACAAAUGUUCAGCUCGCACAGUCUUUCUGGUACAUAAUCGCAGGCGUCGUCGGGUUCCUGGGUAUCAUCCGCGGUCUCAAUUACCUCGAAAGCCUAAGAAGACUCAAGCGAUGCCGCACCGAGUCCGUUCGAUUCCCGACAAAACCCUCAAAUAUUAUUACACAAAUAUGGGCGACAUCAACAGCGCUCGUCCGCGAAGCAGGACACCCACAGCUCUACAUCCCGAUAAAGGGCCUACGCUGGGCGACGCCGCCGUCACUCGGUCGCGUACUGGUCCUCUUGGCCUACUGGGCCGUCAUCAUCUACAUGAUGGUCAACGAUGCCGUCAUCAAGGACGCGUACUUCUGGGAACGAAUAGGCUUCCGCAACGCCUGGGUGACUGUUAUGCAGAUGCCCCUCCUUUAUCUCCUGGCGAUGAAGGUCAACGUGGUGGGCUUCAUCAUCGGCGCUUCACAUGAACGGCUAAGCUGGCUUCACCGAUGGGUCGCCAGGACAAUGUUCGUUACGGCGACCGUCCACGGGUUCCAUUUCUGGUCGGAGUGGGUGCGCGCAGACUUCGUCGAGACGCAGCUGCGGAUCCUGCCCGUCAUCAAGUACGGACUCGGGGCCUGGGGGAUCCUCAUCUGGACGUUCCUCACGGGUAUGAGACCCCUCCGUAGCAUGGCGUACGAGCUCUUCCUCCUGCAGCACAUCCUUUCGGCGGUACUCUUCAUCUGGCUGGUCUACGUACAUAUUCCGGCCUACGCGAAGCAGUACCUCUGGUUCUCCGUCGCCAUCAUCUGCUUCGACCGCCUCGCGCGCUGGGCGUUCCUUGCCUGGCAGAAUACGAGGCUCCGACCCAACAGAUCGAAGUGUAAGGGGAUGAAGCGGGUGGGACACGAGGUGCAGAUCCGGGCAGCGGGCUCGUCGACGACAGUGUUGACGAUCAAGGAUGUUCACUUCUCGUGGAAGGCGGGGCAACACUUAUACCUCUGGCUGCCGCGUAUCGGGCCCUUUGAGGCACACCCGUAUACCAUUGCGUGCGCACACCAGCUUCCGGAAACGUGUACCUGCAAUAGUAUCCAGCUCGUCGUCCGGAAACACGGCGGGUUCUCCAAGAGACUGCAUAACUAUGCGGAAAAGGUCCAGGCAUCUGGGAAGAAGGAGACGCUUGCGGGCUUCGUGCUGGGGCCGUUUGGAGCGCCGCCUAGAUGGGAUAUCUACGACACCAUGGUCCUCAUCUCAGCGUCUACGGGGACGUCUUUCACGCUGCCUAUCUUGGAGAGCAUCGUUCAGAGCCGCAGGAAGACAUGCAUUAAGAGGAUCGAGUUCAUUCUCAUGGCAUGCCAGGGUGAAGAAAUAGAAUUCUACACGCAGCGGCUGCGGGAGUCGAUGGAUCGGGCGCAGCAGAACGGCAUCGAGCUGCAGGUGCAUAUCGCCAUUACGCGGUCCGGCAAAGCCAAAGAAGGCGAGCCGACGACGGUUCUCUACUCAGACCGUGAAGAAAGCUCUAGCUCAAGUUCAUCUGCGAAACACAGAAGGAUCGCCUCUGACGACUCCGUGGAUGGUAGUGGCGGCAGUGGUGGAUGCUGUCAGGAAAAGGGACUAGACUUGGAAAAGGGCGAUGAGGUGCCGCUUACACCCAGGAUCCGGAGCGGGUCCAUGAUGAGCAUGGUGAAGAAGUACUACUGUCGUCCUGAUCUGGAGGCCUUGAUUCGAGAACCUGUCGAGGCUGCGGGCGGCGAGACGUCGAUCGUUGUCUGUGGUGGGCAGUCGUUGACGAGUUCCGUGAGGAAUUGCGUGGCCUCAUUAUCGGAUGAGAGGGCGGUCCAUAAGGGGACGGGGGCACAGGGAAUUCAUCUUUUUGUUGAGGAAAACCAGCUUGAAUGGUAUACAAGAUUCCAGAGCUUGGAUGUCAUUGGUGAAGAUUACAAGUCUAGAAGGAUUGUUUCAUAUGGCUUGAUUGGUACAUGUAUUACCGGCUUCAUCAGCGUCAUCUUCAUGUGGGAUUCGGCAGCUCAACAACCAGGUGCUAUCAAUGCCGGCUAUCUUAUCGUUUGCGAAAUAAAAUCAUGGGUUGAUGAGAUGAGUUCCCAUGCAAUCCUCUUGAAGGUGAGCUCACCGAAAUUUGCAGGGGGAAUUGCCCCUCCAUACCGGACUUACCGAGAAAUGAUUACCCCUCCACUCGUGACUCAGGCUGGCCGUCGGUCCGCAAUUUUUUCUCUGCGGGUGACAAACAUCGGCCACAGCCCUCAGCCCAGCGACCCCUCCCCCUCCUUGCCUUUUUUCUUUCUCGUCCCCCCUGCAGCCCAGUCCCCGUCGUCGAGUCUCUUAAUGACUAGCGUCGCGCGCUUCCUCUUCUCUUCUUCUUCUUCACUUCGUUUAGCCCACGUUUAUCCCACAAGUCUUCGACGAGGAGCGUCUUCUGCCGCCUCAGCCUUCGCCCACUACCCUCCUCGACGACGACCUCCAACGUCCACCACGCGACCCUACUCCUCGACGACUCCGGAGCGGUCGACCCUCGCCAAACCUCCCCCCACCCCCACUAUCUCGCUUGCGACAAUGGCCGACCAGAUCACGGCGCAGCUCGAGAAGCUUUCCGUGAGCAAGCUCGAGUCCUACCCCGGCUGCUACCCCGAAGUCAACCCCAUCGACGUCUACCGCUCCCACAUCACCUCGCUGCUGCAGCCUGUCACCGGCGUUGAGAGCACUAUCAUCUACAACGCCCUUCAAUGGACCCAGAGCUUGGAUAAAGGCGACUUGGUACUGGCUGUCCCUGCUCUUCGCAUCAAGGGCAAGAAGCCUGCGGAUCUCACUGCUGAGUGGCUCGACAAGAUCCCCGAGUCUCCCUUGAUCGAGAAGCCCGUUUCUUUCCAGAAUGGCACUUUCCUCCAGUUCUGGUUCAAGCCCGGCCCCCUUUCCCAGCUUCUGAUCCCCCAGGUCCGCUCCCGUGGCGUCGACUUUGGCAAGAACCCCAACAACGGCCUCAAGAACCCCGAAGACAAGUCCCAGGGCAAGAAGAAGAUCAUUGUCGAGUUCUCCUCCCCGAAUAUCGCGAAGCCUUUCCACGCUGGUCACUUGCGAAGCACCAUCAUUGGUGGCUUCAUUGCCAACCUGUACGAUGGCGCCGGCUGGGAUGUGACCCGUAUCAACUACCUUGGUGACUGGGGAAAGCAGUAUGGUCUCUUGGCUCUGGGCUUUGAGAGGUUCGGUAGCGAGGAGGCGCUUGCCGCCGAUCCCAUCAACCAUCUGUACGAGGUCUACGUCAAGAUCAACAGGGAUAUGGCCGACGAGAAGGAUCAGAUCACCGCAAAGGAGCAGGCUGGGGAGGACGUCACCGCGCUCAAGGACAACAGCCUCGACGAGCAGGCUCGCAAGUACUUCAAGGCCAUGGUUGACGGAGACGACAAGGCUGUUGCUCAAUGGAGACGAUUCCGUGAUCUCAGUAUCAAGCGUUACAAGGAGACCUACGCCCGUCUCAACAUCCACUUUGACGAGUACUCGGGCGAGUCCCAAGUCUCCGAGGAGGAUAUGGAGGCUGCUGCCAAAAAGCUCGAAGACAUGAACAUCUCCGAAAAGUCAGAAGGCGCUGUCAUCAUUGACUUCGCUAAGCACAUUCCCGGAAAGCCGGGCAAGAGCUUGGAGCGCCCCAUCAUUCGCAAGAAGGACGGCACAGCUCUGUACCUGACCCGUGAUAUCAGCGAGCUUCUCCACCGCCAAAAGAAGUACAACUUUGACCACAUGAUUUACGUCAUUGCCUCUCAACAAGAUUUGCACUUGAAGCAGCUCUUCAAGAUCAUCGAGCUUAUGGGCCACGGCGAGACGGCCAAGAAGUGCCAGCACAUCAACUUUGGUAUGGUUCUGGGAAUGAGCACCCGCAAGGGUACUGUCAAGUUCUUGGAUGACAUUCUGCGCGACGUCGGAGACAAGAUGCACGAGGUGAUGAAGAAGAAUGAGGCCAAGUAUGCUCAGGUUGCGGAACCGGAGGCUACGGCCGACAUUCUUGGCAUCAGCAGUGUGAUGGUGCAGGAUAUGAGUGGAAAGAGGGUCAACAAUUACAAGUUCGACAUGGACACCAUGACCUCGUUCGAGGGUGACACCGGACCGUACCUCCAGUACGCCCACGCUCGCCUGUGCUCCAUCUUCCGCAAGGCUGGAGUCGCUGAGGAGGAGAUUGCAAAGGCCGAUCUUGGCUUGCUGACGGAGAAGCAUGCUAUUGAGCUGAUCCGCGUCAUUAGCCAGUACCCCGACGUUGUCCAGAACACUCUCAAGACCUUGGAGCCCACCACUGUGCUUACGUAUCUGUUCCGCCUCACGCACGUCGUCAGCAGCAGUUACGAUGUGUUGCGUAUUGUUGGAAGCGAAGCUGAGCUCCAGAAGGCCCGCUUGGCGCUGUACAUGGCCGCCAGGACCGUGCUCUUCAACGGCAUGCGUCUCUUGGGACUGUCCCCUAAUGUGAACUGGCAUCAUGACGGAAUCAUGACUCGGAGGAUUAUGAGCAGAGUGACCUACGGCCACAACAGUGUUCCCAUCAGCCACAUUGUGGUGCUAUUCCAUAAUGGCCGACGGCACGAACCGGUGUGGCGUCGCACAAAGUCGAGACGUUUUCGAUCAAAGAAGCCACCGACCGUUUCGGUGUACUACAAACCCCCGAUUCGCGUGCACCAGCCCAUUAGUGCUGAAGGCAACAACAGAAGUAGCAGCAUACUGGAUCUAGGCCAAGCUAAGCACGGCAUAUGUCGAGAGGUCGCGACGAGAGUGUUUCGCAAGAAGCAGGAGAUUCACCUACCUACACUCAGGUGGCCUCCCCUGACGCUCUCCCUCCAAGGAAUCAAGAGGCGCUCGACAACUUGUCUAAGAGUUGCGAUGGCUCUCGACGGCUCUGACUGGUUCUUACUGGCUGUCGCUGGCUCUCACUCGAUCUGCGGGUGGCUGUUGGCUACCAAUUUCCGACUGCAUAGCUUCCGCGACGCCGUGGCUUGCAUCUCUGCCGACGUCUCCUGGCCAAGUGCCGGAGGAAACCCAAGAACAAUAUUGAUGAUUUAUCCCUACCUUGCGCUCCGGAACACAAUAGUAGCGGUGCAUCCGGCGUGGGGCACCAUGCGGAUCGGCCUCAGCAUCAUGGCGGCAUGCGAAUACCUCGUCCUGAUCUUUUCCAAGCUUCCGCUCAGGACAGAGCAGAAUAGCGCGCAAACGAAGGAAGCGAAAACGUCAAGGAGUGGGCCAACGGCCCAUCGGGCAAUCGAGCAGUGCGAUUUCUUCUGCUCGUAUACUAUCCUUGGUUUUAGCUGCAAAGCUAGCGUACUGCCCGGUGAAGUGGCUCGGUGUCUGUGCCGAGACCGGACGAGCCCCGACCUACGCUCCGGUAGCCCACCGCAACAGCUCUACCUGACGCCGGUGCCUAGCUUGGUAGUCACGGUAGCGUGUUUACUCCUUGCUGCAUCACCUCAUAUUCUAACCGUCUCCUUGGGCCCUAAGCAGCCAUGGUCAACCCUGCUGCAGUCCACGAGCCUGCAUACCCUCCCACGCAAGAUGCAAGGACGGGCAUCGGUAUUUGCUAGCACUCCGAAGCUCAAUGCCCAGAUGUCAGAACUCAACGAACCACUUGUCUGGGAAAGGAAGGGAAGGGAGCCAAGCGAGCGAGCAGCAGCACCAGCACCAGCAGCACCAGCACCACUACCAUUAGCAAGCAGGCAAGCAGGCAAGCAUAACGGCGGCGGCCGACAUGCAAGCGCGGCACAAGUAUCUUUUGCUAUGUUGUCAAGGAUUAUACACCAUCACCGGGGUCCAAGACUCUGGGCAUCCGUUGUUGGACCAUGGAUGGCGGAAUGGACGGCGAGGUGGACUGACAAGUUUGCCGCCGCCGCCCGCUGUGCGCCGAUCCAUGAUAGUCGCAAUAGGGUGGUAUUGGACUUUUUGCCAUGGCGCUUGGGGAAUCCGGCGAGCGUCCAUACUCGCGUGGUUCAGUCAUGUUUCCAGACAAAGGGACCGUUGGCCGUUCCCCGUCGACCCGUCAUCGUGGUUCUUGUCGUUUCUGCUUUCCUGCAUCAGCAGGUCUUAUUCUUCACUCUCUUUUGUUCUUCACCCCUAAUCGACCUUGACGUCGGCGUGGCAAUCCUCGGCUUUAUCCUCUUCUGCGCAUGGCGCCUUUACUCCGCCAUUCAGUUGAAGAAGAGGAUUCCAGCGGGAGCAAAGCCUCUUCCUGGACCAAAGGGCCUGCCCUUUAUUGGUCGCGUUCACGAUGUUCCGGCAGAGGCGGCAUGGAUGAAGUUCCAUGAAUGGGGCCAGCAGUAUGGCCCAAUCUACGGGCAAGAGAUGUUCGGUUCUUACCACGUCUGGAUCUCCUCUGAGCAAGUUGCUCACGACCUCCUUGGCCGUCGUAAUGUCAUCUACUCUGACCGGCCCAUGAUUCCUAACCUCCCGGAUAACCGCACCAGCGGCGACUACCUUGCUCUCCUUGGCCGGACAGAAACAUGGAAGCGCCAGCGCAAGCUUUGCCACCACCUCAUGAACCAGAGCGACAAGCAGGAGCUCCACGCAUACCCGAGCCGCGAGCGCGAUCGUUUCCUGUGGCUUCUCUACCAGAAGCCUGCCGAGUAUCGCGAGUACAUCGAGCAGUUCACCAGCCGAACCGUCAGUCGCCUUUCUUGGGGUACCGCCCACCCGGCCAGAGUUCUGCGCAAGACCACCUUUGGCCUUCUCGAGACCAUCUCCCCUGCCGGUGCUCUUCCUAAUGUCAUCUCCUUCCUCAUGCACGUCCCCGCAGCGCUGUCGCCGUGGAAGAAGAAGGAGGCAGAGCGCCACGACAUUGAGUCGAAGCAGUUCACGAGCAACGUCGACUUUGUCAAGGAUCAGGUCGAGAAGGGUACCGCCGCGCCGAGCUUCAUCAGCACGUUUAUCAACGAGGGUCUCGGAAACGAAAAGGGCAAAUGGGGCGACCUUGCGGAGGCUCAGAACGUCGUUGGUCUCAUGGCCAUUGCUGGCGCCUUGACCAUCGGUAGCCCCAUCCAGAGUUUCCUCCUCGCCAUGCUGCACUACCCCGAAUGGCAGGCUCGCUUGCAGCAGGAGAUUGACGAGAACUGCGAAGGCAGAUGCCCUCAAUGGUCGGAUCGUGAGAAGUUGCCUUUAUUGAGAGCUGUCGUCAAGGAAGUCAUUCGGUGGAGACCCCCGGUUCCUACUGGCAUUCCCCACGCUGUCGAAAAGGACGAUGUUUACAACGGCUACUUUAUCCCUGCCGGUGCCACGAUUCAUGCUCUUGAAUGGGGCAUCACUCGCGACGAGUCCGUCUACCCCGAUGCUGAGACCUUCAACCCCGGACGCUGGGUGCAGCCUGAGUACCCUACCUACAAGGAGCCUCUCACUAGAUUCCCCAACCUCGACGGCUUCAGUCAAUUCGGUUUCGGACGCAGGACGUGCCAGGGUGUCCCCAUUGUUGACCAGGACCUCUUCCUGUCCAUGGGAGGCAUGGCCUGGGCUUUCAACAUUCGCAAGAAGUUUAACGCCGACGGCACUGAGGUCCCCGUGCACUGGAACGACUACACCCCUCUCCUGAUCGCCAAGCCCGCUUUCUUCGACUUUGACGUUGUCGCGCGCACGCCCGAAAAGGCCGACCUUAUGAAGGCCAUGUUCGAUGCCGCUAAGGAGGAAGACGAGAAUGAGGAGCUCAUGAUGAAGAUGGGUAUGCCUGACAUCGACACCCGUAAGAAGAAGAGGGCUGCCAUGUCUGUCAAGCCGCCUUCCGUCACGUUGAAUCUCCGCCAAAGAAAGGAGGAUGGCGAGCGCGAGAAGCAGUACCGCGAACACGAGCGCGACAUCCCCGGAUGCCCUGGCCGAUGGGCGACUGAGAGCGACCGCCAGCGCCAGCUGUUCUGGACGCUCGUCGCCGACGAUGCUGUCGUAGGAUCACUAUGGCUAUGGGCGUGA